AUUCAAACAAACAAAUAAAAACCAAUAAACAAACAGCGAAAAAAGUUUGUAAAAAGUGCAUUUAAAUAUUUCCGUGUGUGGGUUUGGGGAAGCGGGUUAACCGACUUCCCGAUUGAAGCGCCAAAUGGGUAUCGUUCAACGGUAUCCAACAGCGCCAUUGCCGAUGCCCAGGAGUGCCGUUGCGUGGCUGAGCAGCACCAGCAGAAGCAGCAGCAGCAGCAGAGCAGCGACCAUCGACGUCGAAGUCAACGUCGUCGUCGUCGUCGUUGCCGCCGCAGUCGCAGUCGCCAUAGCGGCCCAGUGAGUGCGAGCAAGCCAGAGUGAGAAAGCCCCACGAGAUGGUCUCGAAGAAGCGUUCCAGCGUCGCCGAGCGUGUCCAACGCUCAACGGCAACGGCAGCAGCAGCAGCAGCGGCCGCAGCAGCAACAACAUCUGCCCCAGCGUCGAGUGCGUCCGGAACGACGGGGAAGAAGCGGGUGGGGAAACAAGCGAAAGCUCCCACAGAGGAGACGGAGGAAAAGAAGUCAGCGUCAGCAUCAGCAUCGGGCAAGAGGCAGACAAAGGAUCCUUCAGCAGGAGCACAAGGAGGAGGAGGAGCCCCAGCCACAGAGAGCAGCACCAGCAGUGGCUCCAAGUCGAGCGCCCAAACAACGCCCAAGCUCUCGCCAGAGGAGCGGCAGGAGGAUGGCAAGGCGCGGGCCAUCAACAAGAUGCUCAAGAAUCUGGACAUCAAGAUCCAUGGAUUCGACAAUCUCCUGCCCGGCGGUGAGGGGCCCCUGAACGUGGGCUCCAUCUCCAAGUCCUCCAUUUCGGAGAACGUCAAGACCAAGUCGCGGGCAGCCGCUGUCAAGGUGAUAGCCAGCCUCAAUCCGGGCAAAACGAUGCCCGUGAAGCGGCCGCCACGUCCCUCCCCGGAGAAGGAGAAGGACAGCAAGGAGAAGCCAAAGCCGGAGACCAAAACGGAACCAGACUCCACCAUCGAUGGUGCCACAGAUGCCAAGGAAUCUCAAGGAUCGAAAGGAUCCAAAAAGGCAACGCAUACGAGCGCAAAGAAGACAAAAGUGGAGACAGUGACUGCCACAGCAGUUCCAGCCACGACGCCAGCAGCUGCCGCGGCUGCUCCUUCUGUUGCACCUGCCACAAAACAGGGCAAGAUGCCAGCCAAGAAAGGAGCAACAGCAGCAGCCCCGAUGGCACCAGAGCAGCCACCGAAACCUCCCCCGGCAAAGGUGCUCAAGGCCACGAAGAAGGCGGCGAAUCCGUCGUCCCAGCGCCUGCCCGACUCCAAUACGGAGCCCGUGCAAAUGGAGCUGGAGGAGAUUGUUGGCACGGCCACAGCCACAGCCACGACAAGGACACGGACACCGACGCCAAAUCGAACGCCAACAGCCACGCCCACUCCCACACCCACGCCCACUCCCACACCCACGCCCACACCAACAGCAACGCCCAUAGCGACACCCACGCCCGUGGAGAGUCCUGGACCGCCAGCAGCAGCAAAACAGCGGCCGAAAAUCAAGUACACAAAAACCUCGGCUGGAUCGAAGGUUCGCCUGCAACAGCAGCAGCAGCAGCAGCAGGGUGCAGGCGGGGCUAACCAGAAGGCAAUGCCUUCGUGGGGCCACGGCGGAGCGGGUGCCAAGGAUAUUUAUGACUUCAAGUCGGGCUCCGAGGACGAGGAGCCCAUCAAGAUGGUGCUGCCAGCGCUGAAGCAGCUGCGCGAAUUCUCCGAAGAGGACAACAAGCCGCUGAAGCAGCCCAAGGAGAAACCGAAUGAAGACCACGAGGAGAAGCAGGAAGAGCAGGAGGAAAAGGAGGCUAAGCUCAAGGCGGAAGAGCUGAUCAAGGAGGAGGAGGGGGAGGAGAAGGAGGUGGAUAAAGAGAAAGGUAAGCAAGUGGAACAGCCAUCAGCAUCCACAACAGAAGCACAGUCCGAACCAGUAGCAGCCACAACCACAACCACCUCCACCUCCAAGAUCAGUGCCACAGCCGCCUCCAAGACCAGUGCCACAGCCACCUCCAAGAUCAGUGCUGCAGCCGCCUCCAAGACCAGUGCUGCGGCCGCCUCCAAAAAGCAAGCGAAACGCAAGCUGGCCACAUCCUCGUCACCCUCGCCUAAGGCACCGCCCGGAAAGAAGAAACCCACAGCGUCGAAGGCCGCACAAGCAGCGGCUGCGGCUGCUGCCGCUGCCAACCAUAGCCCCGCGAGCGAUAGCUCUGCGGAGAGCAGCGAUUCCGAGGAUGAGAGGAAGCUGAGCGCCUACAGCGGCCCCAAGCGUCAUCGCAUGGCCUCCCUCAAUGCCCUGGCGAAGGUGCAGUGCCUCUACGAGAAUGAAUCGCGGACCGCCCACGAGCUGGGGCUCUCGAAGGCAACACAACAGCCGCCACGGAUACGGACAUUGGAUGGCAGCGAUGACGACAAUAACCACAAGGAGUCGCCGCGCCAUGGGGAGGACAAGGACAAGGACAAGGAUAAGGACAAGGACAAAGAGUCCUCGUCGACACCGUCAACGCCACCAGCACCACCACCGCCGAAAGAGAUUGAGCCCCGACGGGAGCUGCGGUACGUGCCCGGCGGCAGGGGCGUGGGCAAGCACUGGGAGUUCGAUAGCGAUAGCGAGGGGGAUGAAAUGCAGCUGCCGGCCCUGCCGCAACCCAAGAAAAAGAAGCUCCAAAAGAAGCCGCCACCAAAGAAGGCGGCAGCAGCAGCGGCGGCGGCAGCGGCAGCGGCUCCAAGCAGCAGCGAUGCAGAUGCCAAGAGGCCAGAGAAACCGAAGCCACCGCCGAAGCAAGUGCCGAAGAAACGAAAGACACCGUUCACCGAGGAGCUGAUUGGCGACUACAAGGGGAUCCUGGCCAGAAAGCGAAUGGCCAGCCUGAAUGCCAGCGCCAUCGUGGCGGCCACCUACGAGGUGGAGCGUCAUCUGGACAAGAAUCUGGCCAGUGAUUGCAGCAGCUUCGAGAGCUACGACGAGCUGGAGAUGCAGGCAGUCGUCCAGCAAUCCACCAAGAUGAUGCCGAUCAAAACGGAGAUGCACAUCAAGAAGGAGCCAAAGGAGACCAAGGAGUCCCUGCGGGAGAGGGAGCGCGAAAGGGAGCGCGAAAGAGAACGCGAGAGAGAACUAAGGGAAUCAUCCCUCAAGGACAAGGUGCCGCCGAGCAGUCACAUCCUCAUCGAGGAGAGCAACGACUCCAAGUACUCGAAGGAGACCAAGGAGACGAACACGGACGCGACGACAACCACUGGCAGCACGACCACCGGCGGCGGCUACCGCGACUCGAGCAGCACCAAGGACGCCAAGGACUGCAGCCGACCGACCUCCUCCAGCGUUGUGAUUGUCCAGGACACCGAUGUGACCAUCACGGGCGUCUAUGUGAAUGCCAGCAAUGGUGCGGCCCAAGAGGCCUACUGCAAAAUGCAAUAUCGUGUCCAGUCCAGCGUCACCGAGGAGCGUGUCCUGCGGCCCGGCUCCGUCGAGCCACCGAAAUCGUAUACGCCACUGAGUGCGCUCUCCAGCAUGCUGCCGCCCGGCGCCAGCUCUGGCCUCAGCGAGGCUCAUAGCUCGCCGCCGCUGCCCAUUCAACCGGCAGCGCCGCAUGUCCUGCUGCCUGGCGAGCAUCUGAGCGCCGGGAUGUACCAUGCCCCCGAUCUGGGGCUGCACACGGAGCAUGCCGUGCCCGAGCAUCAUGGCCCGCCGCCGCCCUCGUAUGCCGCCGCUGCAGCAGCGGCCGCAGCAGCCGCUGCAUACCAUGCCCACCAGCUGGGCCCUGGAGGAGCCGGCGGCAUGCUGCACAUGCACCACCAGCACCAGUAUGCCGCCCAUGCGGCGCACGCCCAUCACUACCAGCAGGCGGCCGAGUACGGCCACGGUCCGCCGCCGCCACCUCCGCCGCAUCACUACGGAGGACCACCGCCGCCUCAGGUGCCACAUUACGGGCCACCGCCGCCUGGGGCGCCACUGCCAGUGCCCGUGCCGGUGCCAGUGCCGGUACCAGUGCCUGUGGCCGUGCCAGUGCCACCCGAUCGAUGCGAUGUGGGAUCGCCGCCGCCCUCGUACCGGGCCAGUGCCUAUCCCCCGCCGCCGUCGGGUAUUGUGCCACCACCGACAAUAGGCGGCGGGUCGAGUGCCUUCUGUGCCCCGAAUCCGCACCACCAUCAUCAGCACCACAGCCAGCAGCAGGGGCCACCUCAUCAUCACGAUCCCAGCGGCUACUAUCAGCCGGCUGGACCGCUGAUCUCGCCCCAUGUGAUUGCCGGCGGACCACCGCCACCACCGUCGCAGCAACAACAACAGCAGCAGCAGCAUCUGCUUCAGCAACAGUCGCUUAAGAAGCUGCAGGAAGAGGAGUCGGGCUCCGGCUCACCUACGCAGCUGCAGCAAUUGCAGUUGCAGCAGCAACAGGCAGCCGAGGCAGCUGAGCAAGCAGCAGCGGCAGCAGCAGCAGCGGCGGCAGCAGCAGCAGCAGCGGCAUCCCAGUCGCAGCAUCAGCCGCCACACCAGCCACAGCCGCAACAUCUCCUGCAACACCAGCAUCAGCAGCAGCAGCAGCAACCACCGCAACCUCAGCCGUAUCCGGCCAGUGCCGUGGCAGCCGCUGCCGCAGCGGCUGCCGGCCAUCCGGGCGUGCCGUAUUCCCGCUCAAUGCACGCGGCCCAGAUGCACUAUACGACGGCCUAUCCGCCAAACUACUAUUCGCCGUAUCCGGGCGAGGUCAUGUGCUACUCGCCGCCCGCCUAUCAGCCCUACUUUACCAGCAAGGUCUACCAAACGGGUCCGCCGCCGCCGGGCCACCAUCCCGGGGUUCAUCAGCCGCCACCGCCGCCAGGCGCCUAUCGACGCUAUCCGUACUACCAGCACGCAGGGCCACCGCAUCCGCCAACGCACCCGGAGCUGUACGAGCAGCAGCAGCCGCCGCCACCGCCUCAAGCAGCCUCCCAAGCGACCAGUCCGCAGCAGCAACAGCAACAGCAGCAGCAGGGCACAUCUGUUGGAGGAGUAGGAGUGGGUCCGGCAGGGAGUCAAUUGGUGCCCGCGCAUCACCACCACCAGCAGCAGCAGCAGCAUCAGCAGCAGCAACAUCAGCAGCAGCAACAACAGCUGCAACAGCAACAGUUGCAGCAGCAACAGUUGCAACAGCCGCAGGCUCACCAGCCGCCACACCUGGAGCACUAUCCGGGGCCCCCGAGCUAUUACGCCGGCUACAGUCCGGGAGGAGCAGGGAGUGCCGCCGGACAGUGCUAUACACGCGGCCUCCAGGGACCGUAUAUGGAGUAUCCGCCGCAGUGUCCGUGUCCAAUGCAACAAUCGUGUCCAAAAAACGUCCAUACUGGGCCUCAUAUUGGUAGCAACAUCAGCAGCAACAACAUCAGCCAACAGAACAACAGCAACAGCAGCAGCAGCAACAGCAACAGCAACAACAACAGCAGCAGCAGCAACAGCAAGACAGCCAGCAGCAGCAGCUGCAGCACUAUGUUGCAGGGUUCUAUGAACAGCAGCAGCAGCAGCAGCCCGAGCCCCGCUGCCACAACAGCAGCAGCGACAGCAACAUCGUUGAAUACCAGUAGAGGCCCAGUGAAAAAUGCCAACAAAAACAACAUGAACAACAGCAGCAACAACAGCAGUAGCAGUAGCAGCAAAAGCUACACCUGCAACAGCAACAGCAACAGUAACACUGAGGCAUUAGCAACAAACACGCGUGCAACAGCAGCAACAAACACGGAGGAGACCAACACAGCGGAGAUGCGUGCCACAGCAGCCACCAAUACGAAGGAGAUGCGUGCAACAGCAGCAACCAACACGGAGGUGAUGCGUGCAACAGCAGAGAGCACACGUGCCACAGCCGCAACAAACACAGAAACGCAGACGGCAACAGCCGUGGCCGUUGCCACAGCGACGACCAACAAUAUGGGAACGCAAUGCCAGAUGCUGGUCAAGACGGAGCUGAAGAGCGACCCCUCGCAUCCCCAGGUGGCGCAGAAGAUGCAGUACGAGGCGCAUGUGAUGCCACCGCCCACGCCGCCCGAAAGCUACUGUGCCAGCGAUGACAAGUUGCUGGAGGAUCAGGACCAGGAGGCAGAAAUGGAGCUGGUUCUGGGUAUGGGAAUGGGCAUGGGCAUGGGAAUGGGAAUGGACCUGGGGCUGACCCUGGAGAAAGGUCACAGUCACAGGGAACAGCACAUUGAGGCGUAUGAUUUGACCUCAAGCACACCACCGCCGCCAUCGCUUCAAUCAGCAGGAACAGGAGAAGCAGGACCAGCAGCAGCAGCGGCAGCGGCAGGAGGUGCAAAAGCAGGAGCAGGAGUAGGCGGAGUUCAGCGAAAGGCGAGGAUUGGCAAGAGCAUGGCCAGAGAGAUGGUGUUUGCGGCCCAGCAGCAGCAGAAGCAGCAGCAGCAGCAGGAGCAACCGAAGCAGCAGGAGCACCAGCAACAGCAGCAACAGCAGGAUCAGGAGGAGAAGAAACAGCAGCUGGAUUUAGAGCAGGAGAAGCAUUCAGGAGCGGGGACGGGAGCGGGAGCAGGAGCAGAACCAGAGUUGCCUUUUGUACUUAAAGCUGAAAUCAAAGCAGAGACCAAAAUCAAAAUAGAGCAGGAUGACGGACGUCUGGCUAGCAGCACACCACAUAUCAGCCAAUUGCCGGAUCUGAAGCCCACAAUCAAAACGGAGCCAGAAGCGGAAUCCGAACCGGAACCCGAACCGGAACCGGAACCUAAAACACAACCAGAAUUAGAAGUACCAGAAGAAGCAGAGGUCCCAGCACCCAGCAAGCAGCGCAUCAAUCUGCUUGCCUCGUCCUCAUCCGCGGCCUCCGCGUCUGCCUCAGGCAAACCCCCGAAGACGCACCACAGCUACAAGAGCCUGAUCAAGCAGGCCGAACCGCGCAAUUAUUUGUGUCCGGGCCGAACGUUUGUGCGGCGGCUCGGCCGAGCACCAGCCAAGUAUGCCAAGAGGCGUCAAUUGCUGCUCGCCCAGCGCCAGCAGCAGAGGAUCCGGGCUCAGAAGCGCGAGAAGCUGAAGCAGCAGCGCCAAGAGCGGCGGCAGCAGAUCGACGCAGAAGCAGCUGCAACAGCAGAAACAGCAGAAGAUCCAGCAGGGGAAGCAUCAGCAGCAGCAGCUGCAGCUGCAGGCUUCUCCGGCCAGGAGGAACUCAAAAAUCUAACCAGUGGCAGUGUCUCUUCGCCCAAGCGGGCACGUCCACGGAAGCAGGAGAUUGCCGCCCUCCAUUUGCUGGAGGGCCUGGACACGUCGCAUAGUCGGGGGUAUUUCAGUGAUCCCGAGCUGAACAGCUGUCGCAGUCAAGUGCAGGUCCAGGGGAAAGUGGGGAGUGGCGGUAUCUAUGCCGCGCCCUCACCUUUGUUGACCGCCCAUGCGGCACCCCAGCCGGCGGCAGAGAAGCGCUCCAAGUCGGAAACCAAGAAGCCGCUGCCGUCAUCCACAGAGCAGCCCCCGACAAAGAAGUCGAGAAAACAGGGCAAUAGCAAGGCAAAAGCGAAGGGCAAAAAGGUGACAGCAGCGGCAGCGGAAGAAGGAGAAGCUGGAGCAAGAGCAGCCUCAGCGGAGGAGAGUGCAACAGCAGCCACAACCUCAACAGCGGCCGCGGGAGCAUCGUCCACGUCAGCGUCAGCGUCUCCUCCAUCGACAGAGACAAACAACAAUGAGUACCAGACAGCGGAUUUGCAGGCUCAAAAGCUGGAGCAGCAGCAGCAACAUUCCGAGGAGCAACACAAGUUCCUGGUGCCGACAGCAGCAGCAGCAGCAACAGCAGCCACUGUUGCCCGCACAGUAAUGCCCACAGCUACGCCCGCGUCUACAUCUGGAUCUACGUCACGCCAAAGCCAACACACGACGCACACGAAGCGCGCGCGAUCCCGCUGCAAAUUUGGCAACCGCAAGCGCCAGAAGCAUCGCCCGGGGGGAGUUAGCUACGAGCUGGACGAGACACAGCCCCCAGCGACGAAGGCGAAUGUGGUGCCCAAGUGGAACAACGGCUGGAUGUGGGCGGGCAAGGCCUUCCAGGGAGCAGUAUUUCUUAAUAGCGAUGAUCCGUUGGUUUUGCGCACCUGCUAUCCGGCAAUGCGGCAUGUGGAGGGAGAUAUCAUAAGGACCCGGGACUGUGUCCUGCUCAAGGCUAACGAGGACAAUGAGCUGCCGUAUGUGGCCAAGGUGGCGCAUCUCUGGCAGAAUCCUGAAGAUGGGGAGAUGAUGAUGUCGCUACUGUGGUACUAUCGGCCAGAGCAUACGGAUCAGGGCCGGCAGCGCAACGAUUGCCCGGACGAGGUGUAUGCCUCGCGGCAUCGGGAUCACAACUCGGUGGCCUGCAUUGAGGACAAGUGCUAUGUGCUAACCUUCAGCGAGUACUGCAGAUAUCGUCGCCGCCUGCGUGCCGCCGAGGAGGAUGUGGAGGAUGUCAGCAUUGUGCCGCGUCGGCCGAGCAGUACCAUCGCCAAUGGCAACGCCACUGCCAGCGCAACCAGCACCGCCAUCGUCAAUUGUUAUCCAGUGCGUACAGUGCCGGAGCACACGAAUCCGGAGCUUGUCAUGUUCUGUCGCCGUGCCUACGAGUUUCGGACACGCCGCCUGCUCAAGCUGCCCCAAAAGAGUGCACUCGCCGCGUUUAGCCACAGCUAGCGCAAGGCUGGCACUAGCUAAUCGAUCCUUAGCAUACACUUAGGCCUCAUUCUAAGCCAAUGAUGGGGUGAAAUGAGAAGAGAUGGCAGCAUACGAGGAUACCAAAUGUUUUUUGGUAUAACAAAAAUUAGCAUAAAUUUGAAGGAAGUGUUUGGGAGGAGAAGAGUGCCCCUGACAGAGGCCCAAGACAGACGAUGAUGCAUCAGAGGAGGCAUUAGAAUUGAACGAUGAGAGAUAGAAAUUGUUUUGAUCAGUCUACAGUUUACAGUAUUGUUAAAGAUAUUUUUUUGGGUCUCCAUUGUUGAAAGAUAUCUACUAUCUGUGGGGAAAAGAUCGGCAUAAGCAGCAAUUAUCGUACCGCAUUUGCGACUGUAUUCGUUGUUCCUAUCCAACUGUCGUUUGUGCGUUUCGGAUCGCGGAUAUGGCAAUUGCUGUCCGAUGUUGCCCCAAUUACACACGCCACACACACACACACACGUAUAUAGAUAUAUAUAUAUAUAUACACUAUGUAUACCUCUGUCGGGGCAUAUACACACACACACACACACACACAUGACCAAAAUGUAGGCGAAAGCUUUUGAAUUACGAUGUGAAAAACGGAUGUGAAAGAUGUAAGAGGAAGAAAAGAAGGAAUGAAGGAAGGCAGGAAGGAAACGCGCGUUAUAAAAUGAGGUAUAGGAAUGAACUUUAGAACGUUAGAGCGUUAGAGCGAGCAUUAACAAAAAUAUCUUACAUUUUAUUGCAUAAACAACUAUUUAUUUUACUUCCCGCCCAAACCCAACCCCAACCCUCACAUAUAGACGCACACGCGCACAGAUACUUUUGUUAUUAAGUUUUAUAAAUGUAUUUAUUUUAUGUUUCGGUUAUUUAGUUCACAUUUCUUGAACACUGUGUCCUUCUUUCUGAUGAUGAUUAUAUUUUAGCAAGGAGUAGCUUCAAUUCUCAAUAACAGUAUCAUGGCAGUGCCGUUCGCUUAUGGGAAUGUGCUGCUGGUGAAACAGGCGUAUUAGACUCUCUCUCAUUAUAAGACGGCCGAAGAUUUCGCACAAAAUCGAAACGCUUGGUGCCCCACAUUCUCCCACAUUCUCGUUGAACAAACUUUGUACUCAAACAAUUGAAAUUCUUACGCCCAAUCCCCAUGUACUACGUCCCCCUAUCUAUAGGAACCAUGUACAGCCAAUGCUCAGGCAAAAACAUUUUGCGCACAGACAGAUAAACUAAGCAACCGAGAUCCUUUCGACAUGAGAUUCCCGACUCUGGAAAAAGUGGAAGACUUGACACCCAUUUUUUACUAUAGUUUUUUUUUCGUUGUUGUUAGUUUUUGUAAGCGAAUGAAAAAAACACACACACACACACCCAAAAAUAAGAUUUUGAUUAUGUAUUUUAGAUCUGUUUUCGUUUAUUAUAUUUUGAAAAGAAAUUUGAUUUCAAUGAAAUGAUUUUCCCCUUCUCUUUCGUUCGUUCGGAAAAGAAGAGUCCUUAAAAAGAAGAACAGAAACAACAACAAGUCACAUUUUUAUAUUUUAUUCAUAAUAAAUAUAAAAAGUAAUAAUCUAAAUACUUGUAUUUAAGAAUAAAGAACUAUUUUUUUUUUGUAAUAUUUAGUAUAAUUUAAUAAAAUUGUAGUUUGUAAAGCUUAGCGUUUUUAGUUAUUAAGUUGAUAUUUAAAUAUGAUUUGUUUUAUACCAAAUACACAAAAUUCUUGUAACGAAAUGUAAGAAAUUUAUUUAUGCACAAACACACACCCACACACACAUAUAUCUAUGCACACGUGUAUAAUCUUAUGGAUAUAUAUAUAUAUAAAUUAUAUGUAUUAUUUUUUUAAAA